AUGGGAGUCUUUGUGCAUCUUCUUCUUCGUAACCCAAGGACCGACGAACAGAAAUUGAAACAACGCAACCGUACUAUACUAUCUAUUUACGAUAAUUUGAUUGCUGACAACAUCACGCUUCUCUUUCUUAUUCUUUUUUAUAUAACUGUCACUUUACCGGGCCGGAAAAGUGACACCGUCACGUCUCAGGGUCGUAUGCCUGGAACAAGAAGGGUCGUCGUACAAUUUCCAUUUCGGCGAUUACAAAAAAGAAGGAGGCGAGCUCCCUAUCCCUCUUUGUCUUUCCACUUCCGGAACAAACACUUCGUAAAAUUAUUUUGA